AUGAUGGAGGAAGCUUGGGAAAGGAACGUGGCUAGUGGUUUUGUGCCAGUUAGAACGAUUAGCGACUCUUUGAAGGAGCUGGAAGGAUUUAUCACAUCGAUUCAUUCUGCUGCUGAGGGCAAUGCAGGAUUGCCACAAAGAUCACCGGAUGAAUACAGUGGUGGAGAUAACAACUACACAACCCAGGUGGCUCCCUUGAGACAAGCAGAUUAUCAAUAUUUUGAUGAGAUGUCUGAAUAUCAACAUGUGUCGCCAAACGCGAUUAAUACCUAUACUGGUCGAGUUUCUAUGGCUUUGAAACAGAAAGGUCGUAAACCAUUGGCGAAGAAGACCUCGGCAAUUAUACCUCCGUGGAUAGAUGUACCUGAGCAUUCGAGGUUCUUUGUGAUCAAAUCUUCGAGUCUGGAGAACGUAAAGAAAUCCUUUUACAAUGGAAUAUGGUCUUCCACAUAUUUCGGGAACAAGAGACUAUCGGAAGCAUAUUUUAAUUUACCCAAGGGCUCAAAGAUCUUCCUGUUCUUUUCUGUGAACGCUUCAGGUCGUUUCUGCGGAGUUGCAGAGAUGAUUUCUGGGCUUGAGUCUGGACUUGAUACUAGUAUAUGGGGGAACAACGAAAAAUACGAUACAGCAUUCAAAGUCAGAUGGAUUGUGGUUCGAGAUGUGCAAAACCGUUUGCUGAAGCAGUUUUUGAUCCCAUCGAAUGACAUGAAGCCCGUGACAAACUCUCGAGACACGCAGGAGAUCCCACCAGCGAUUUGCAAGUCUAUCUUAAAACUGUUUAAGUAUGAUCAGACCAAUGUACAGUCCUUCCUGGACCAUGGUUACACUUGA